AUGUGUUGUGAUGAAGACAAUAUAAACGAUGUGCUGGUCGACAUUGGUAAGAGUAAUCGAUUGGAAGAACUGGAUCUGCGCGGUAUUGACAUAGAUGAAGAAACGUUCCCUCUAAUCAAGUCACUUCCAAAUUUAAAAAUAUUGUCUGUAAUCUCGGCAAGUGCAGAUACUACAUUUCCAGAGUCUAAGGAUUUUCCGUCUAAUCUCAAGACACUCACAUUGGAAGGCUUUCAGAUCGCUAACGGUAAUAUAGCGUCACUAGUGAAAAGUCUUAGGCAUCUCGAAAAUUUGUUUCUAAGGAGUUGCGAGCUGCUGCAUCACGAUUUGUGGCUCAGCGAUUUUGAUUUGAUGACUAAUGUAAUAAUUGAGGUUCUAACUGAAGGCAACCUUACAUGUCGAAGUUUAAAUGUGACGAUAGAGGCUGAAUAUGCAGAUGCACCAAACACAACUAAAUCAAUCGGAAGUAUACGGAUCACCAACGAUGUGCAAGAUACAAGUUUGUUCAAAAUAACAUAUCCUGGAAUGUACUGCGGGUUACCUGAAUGUGAGGUUCGCUGUGGAUCAUUUAGUGAUUAAAGUAU